GUGUUGCUGCUGCACUGAGUCGAGCUGGUGGUCCUGAAAUACAGAGAGAGAGUGAUGAAUUAGUGAAGUGUUUGGGGAAAAUUCCCAUAGGAGACACAGUAGUGACCACAGGGGGUAACUUAAAGUGCAAGAAACUGCUUCAUGCAGUUGGGCCUGUAGGUGGAAAACCAAGUAAGAGAGAUAAGCUGUUACUGGAAAAAACUGUGCAUUGUGCUUUAAAUUUAUCAGAAAUAAUGGAGUUUCAGUCCAUAGCCAUUCCUUGUAUCAGCUCAGGUGUGUCUGGGGUUCCUCUCACUGUGUGCACUGAGGCAACUGUUGCUGCUGUGAAGGACUUUGGCAGUGUGGGAGGUCGAAGUGUGAGGAAAAUCAUCCUGAUUGAUAACAGAGAGGAGGCAGUGAGGGCCAUGCAGGAAGCAUGUGACAGGCUUCUCCAAGGGAUAGAUACACCUGAUGAAGAUACAGCAAGAGGAGCCACUGCCAGAGCUCCUGGAGGCAGAGUCCACAUGGAGGUUAUUCGGGGAUCGAUCGAGAGCCAACAGGUGGAUGCUUUGGUGUCUCCUAUGGUUGGCCAUGAUCCUCUCUCUACCCGUGUUGGAAAUGCUUUGGUUGAAGUAGCUGGACCACAGCUGACCACAAGGUUUAGAAAGGAAGCAGAAGAUGAAACAAUGCCUGGUGACUCAGUACUGCUGGAGGGCUUACCUGGACUUCAGUCUAAUGCAGUCUUCUUCCUCAAUCUUGUUCCCUUUGAUGGUGACCCAGACGGAGGUGCAGUCCAGGUUCUUCGAAUGGGCAUCAAAAAGAUCCUGUCAUCCUGUGAGAAGAAAGGAUUCAGAUCUGUUGCUCUUCCUGUCCUCGGUGCUGGGAUGGCCCUGCAAUUUCCUGUCAGUGUAGUGGAGAGAGUUUUAAUGGAGGAAGUUCAUGUAUUUGAAGAGGAGCGGGUGGGAAUCACACCAUUCCUGAUCCACAUUGUCAUUCAAUCUAAUGAUGAGGAGAGACACGAGGCAUCUGAUAUUGUCCAAACUGAUAAAUUCACUCAAAAGGUCAACGAUCUAGAGUCAACAACGAUGAGGUUGGUCCUGCUGGGAAAAACUGGAGCUGGGAAAAGUCACUUGGGUAACACCAUUUUUGAAGAGGAGCUCUUUGCCACCUACCCCUCUCCAAACUCUGGAACAAUGAAAUGCCAAACAGAAACCAAAACAGUCAGUGGAAGAAGCAUCACUCUGAUCGACACCCCUGGUUUCUUUGACACAGGAAGGUCUGAGGAAGAUCUGAAGCCUGAGAUAAUGAGCUGUAUGACAGAGUGUGCUCCUGGGCCUCAUGCUUUUCUCAUUGUGCUUCGAGUGGAUAAAUUCACAGAGCACGAGCAGGCUGUCAUCACUAAGAUAGUUCAGUAUUUCUCAGAUGAAGCUCUAAAAUAUGCUGUCGUUGUUUUCACUCACGGUGACCAGCUUGACAAAAAAUGAAAAUUGAAGAUUUUGUCAGUCAGAACAAAAAUCUGAGUGAUCUGGUGUCAAAGUGUGGUGGUCGGUGCCACGUCUUUGAUAACAAACACUGGAACAACAACCAGCCAAACAACUACAGGAGCAACCAGUUCCAGCGUGGAGGAGUUGCUGAAAACAAUAGAAAAAAUGGUGGUGGAAAAAAACGGAGGUUACUACACAAAUAAAAUGCUGCAACAUGUGGAGACGGCAAUACAGAAACAGGUAGAGCACAUUAGACACUCAAUGCCAGAUAAAACCCCAGAAGAGAUCAGAAACAGGCUAAAACUGAUGUGUUGCAACAGCUUUCUCACCAAACUGACAGGGAUUGCAACAGGAGCUUUGCUCGGUGCUUUUUUUGGUGUAGCAGCAAUGGUUGGAUUAGCUGUCACAGCCAUGAAUAACGUAAUGUUAAUGAACGCUGUAAAAAAGGCUCCAGCAUUAAUGGGAGUGUCGGCAGCAGCAGCAGGACAAACAGCAUUAGUAGUCGCUGGAGCCACAGGUCUGGGGGCAGCAGCAGCAGCAGGAGGAGUAUAUGGUGGCUUGCUUGGAUAUGAAGCAGCUAAUGAUGCUAAGUCACCAUCAGAAGCUGCACAGAGAACAUAUGAGGCUAUAGUGGAGAAAGGAAAGUCUUUUAUCCGGUUUAAGUGAGAUUUUUUUAAUAAUUAUUAUCCAGGUAGUGAAAAGGAAAAAAGUAUCUUAUUAUUUCUUGAUGUCUUUACACUACACAUAUUAGUACUACAUACAUCGAAGAAAACAUUUUAAUUAUCUGGAGUCAGGUUUGUUGGCAGAUAGCUGAAAAGAUGAGAAACCAGGCUAAAACUGAUGUGAUGUGAAUGAUCUAAAUGACAGGGACUGAAACUAGGCCUUUGCUAGGUUUUUUUUUUCGGUGCAGUAAUGCUGGCUGAAUUUGCUAUCAAAGCUGUGAAGAACCCAGAACCGGUGAAUGUUGCAACAAAGCGUUUCACAUCAGCACAUGUGCCAGCUGCAGAAGAUCAAACAACACUAGUAGCUGCAGCAGCAGGAGGCGUGGGAGCAGCAGCAGCAGCAGGAGGAGGUGUAAUGGGAGGUGUUUGGAAAUGAAGCCGCUAAGGAUGCAGAGUCACUUUCAGAAGCUGUACAGAGAACAUAUAAGGCUGUAGAAGGAAAAAGAAAAUCUCUGACUCUGUUAAAGUAAAAUUUGUUUUUACAAUAAUCAGAUAUUCCUGUAAACAUUUGAUUAUUUCAUUUUCUUUUGAUGUUGUUACAUUACAAUUAAUGUUUACAUUUUAAAUGGUGGUACACAUUACAUAACACUUUAUUCAAUAACAAAUGUUUGCCUGAUAGCCGUUUGGUGGUGGGAACAUAUCGUUUGGUGUGUUUAUGAGAAAUUUUUGUUUAAUAUGUUUUUUUCGAGCCAUAAAAAAAUUAAAACAACGAGUUUAAAGAGGCUCACAGGGUCUAUAAGUAUAGUUAUGUUUGUGAGGUUGUUCCUCAGUCCACUGUGAUCAUAAUUUUUCAUUCAAUUGUGACUAAAGGAGAAAACUGUUUGGGACCAUGAAACACAUCAGACUACUGAAGACUGAAGAAAUUAGGCUGUGUUUGAUUUUUCUGAAAUUGUCAGAUCUCUAUUUUUACUUAACUGUAAAUGAUCUGAUAAUGAUAGAACUACUUGAUAUAUGUAUGAUAUAUUGGUGAUGUGAUUGAAGGAUGAAAGAUGGCUUAUUAAACAAUAAAAACACUAA